AGAGAGUAGGAGAAGGAUCGAUGGAGAGAAGGUUUCAGGAGCGCUGCAAUCCUGGCAAUGUUACUUAUUCAUCUCGAAUUCGUGCCGUUGAUUGGUGAUCUCAUGUGUGCUGAAAGCUGAAUCGACGGCUGUGGUCUCUCCACUCCAGUUUACCAUCAGGUUUUCCUCAGAUGUUAGCCUCUGAACAACAUAUGGCUUGGACUUAUGCAUCAUGGGAGAAGUUUGCUAUAUCGUCUCCAGGUUGUGGAAUGUGAGUUGCUGGUGGUCCCUGCAAGCGAAUUACCAUACGAGGGACAUGACCCAGUUGAGAUGCAACAUUUCCAGCAUCAUGCUUGAGAUGGAUCAGAUGCUGAGACCCGGCGGGUGUACCUACAUUCAUGUAUUUUCUGGGUUCUCGUUGCAUGUUCCAAGCGGCAUGAUUGUGGCUCUAGUUGGAGAGAGCGGCAGUGGGAAGUUGACAGUGAUCAGCCUGUUGGAGAGGUUCUUGACCCCCAAGCUGGUGAAGUGCUCAUAGAUGGCAUCAACUUGAAGAAGCUGCAGCUUGGAUGGAUCAGAGAGAAGAUCGGUCUUGUUAGCAAAGAGCCCAUCUUAUUCACAACUACUAUAAAGGAGAAUAUCACAUAUGGUAAAGGCGGGUGCUACAUUGGAAGAAAUCAGAACAAUAACUGAGAUUGCUAAUGUUGCAAGGUUCAAAGACAAGAUGCUACAGUCAUGCUGAAGCAAUGCGAGCUAUCAACUCUGACGUCAGAGAAGACAACCGUCUGUCAGCCAUCCCUGGGUUGUCGUGUCUCUCUUUUGGGGAAGAUCUCUAUAGUAUUGAAGCUGGUUGGCAGAUAUCCUUGUUAGUUCAAUACCAGGAAAAAAAAUUAGAAAGAGAAAGAGACCCAUUUAUUAUAAAUUUUGAAUUACAUCAUUGUCAGUCCAAUACUAUGGAAAAAAAAAAAGAAAGAAAAA